AUGGAGCACCUGACAAUAAAGGACGCCAUCCCUGGCGAAGCAGUUAAUAGCUCAGAGGCUUCGAUUACUACAGUUCCACCUGCUGUUGGCCCUGUUGAAGAUGAAGAUCAUGCCUCAUCAGAUUCAGAAUCUGAGGAUCAUGAUCCAGCAUCCGCUCAGCAGGAUAUCAAGCAGCAACGACGAGCGCAGAAGGCCAAAUUUGAGGACUUAUUAGCGAAACAUGUAACUUCAGUAACUGCUGAAGAGGUCAAAGCAGCCAUCAAAUGUGUUCCUGAUGCCCAGCUCUCGACGGCAAGCCUGAUAGCAAAGCAAGAUUUUGCUGCAACCAUCACGGAUCCGCGAGAGUAUCAAAUCGAGCUCUUCGAGAGGGCAAAGGCUCAGAACACCAUUGCAGUGUUAGAUACUGGUUCUGGAAAGACGCUGAUUGCUGUGCUUUUAUUGAAACACAUCAUUCAGCAAGAGCUAGUGGAUCGAGGGAUGGGAAAUCCUCCCCGCAUAUCCUUUUUCCUGGUGGACAGUGUGGCUUUAGUCUUCCAACAGGCCGCCGUUCUACGAAACAACAUCGAUCAGAAAGUUGCACACCUCUACGGCUCCAUGGGAACAGAUAUGUGGAACAGAGAGACGUGGGAAGAGCUCUUCUCUAAUAACAUGGUGAUAGUUUGCACAGCGGAGAUUGUGUAUCAGUGUCUACUCAAUUCUCAUAUCAAGAUGGACCAAAUCAACUUAUUGAUCUUCGAUGAAGCUCAUCACACGAAAAAGGACCAUCCUUACGCUAGAAUAAUCAAGGACUCUUAUCUCAGGGAGCAGCCAUCGAAUCGACCGAGGAUAUUCGGAAUGACAGCCUCUCCUAUUGACGCCAAAGGCGAUAUUGCAAAAGCAGCCACAAUGUUGGAGACGCUCCUGGACAGUCGCAUCGCAACAACAUCAAAUCUCACACUUUUACGACAAACCGUGAGCCGACCGACGGAGGAGGUGUGGACAUACCGUCGACUACAGCAACCAUUUGAAACGACGCUUCACAGGAUGCUGAAGUCUCGUUUUAGCAAUCUCAGCUGUCUCGAAAAGACAUUCCGAUAUUCUUUGGAUGCCAGUUCUGAACUUGGUAGCUGGUGUUCCGACCAGGUUUGGAAGUAUGCGUUGUCAGAGGAAGUGCUCCCACGCCUAGAAAGCAAGAUCAGCAGAGGCUUCAUGAAGAAUUACGGUCAUAAAAAGCGUGCGAGGCUAGAACACGAAACAAAGUGCGUCCAGGAAGCAUGCGACUUAGUGAAGAACUACGUCUUCAACAGCCCAAGUCUUUCACAUCAACUAAGCCCGAAGGUACAGCUUCUCUGCAACGAGAUCUCAAAAUAUUUCGAGCUUCCGACAGGCACGAAAUGUAUUAUAUUCGUGGAAAAGCGCCAUACUGCUCGGGUCCUCGGGGACUUAUUGACGGCAAUUGGAAUUGCGCAUUUACGUCCUGGAGUUCUUAUUGGUGUAAGGGCUGGCGACGACGCAGGAAUGAAAUCGACCUUCCGCCAGCAGUUUAUGGCUUUAGCGAAGUUCAGAACAGGCGAACUCAACUGUCUCGUGGCCACCUCUGUUGCAGAAGAGGGUCUCGAUAUACCGGACUGUAACCUUGUUGUCAGGUUCGAUUUAUAUCGUACGCUCAUACAGUAUGUGCAAAGCAGAGGCCGCGCUAGACAUACAAACUCAACGUAUGUGCAUAUGGUCGAGGAGAAUAACCUUGAGCACGAAACGCUCCUGGAGGAAGUUAGACAUGCUGAGGGACUUAUGCGCAAUUUCUGCGAGACGUUACCCGAAGAUCGCAUUCUUCAUGGAAAUGGCACCGAUAUGGAUUCCAUUCUUGAAAAGGAGAUUGGGAAACGGACGUACAGGAUUGAAAGUACUGGUGCUACGUUGACUUACCACUCGUCCCUGGCUAUCCUAGCGCGGUACGCUAGCUCUUUGCAAUAUGAAAAAGAGACAUCGGCGCAUGUUACUUACGUAGUGCUACCAAGCAAAGACGCCUACGUAUGUGAGGUGAUCUUACCAGAGAAAUCACCCGUGAGAGGACUGAUUGGUAAACCUGCUGCCAGAAAGUCCCUUGCGAAGCAAUCUGCCGCAUUUGACACAUGUUGCUUGCUCCGAAAGAACGGCCUAUUGGAUGAUCGAUUCAACUCCAUUUACCAUAGAAGGUUACCUGCUAUGCGAAAUGCGAAGCUGGCUAUCACUUCAAAGAAGACCAACCAGUAUGACAUGCUGACGAAGCCUUCGUUCUGGAGAAAAGCAUCAGGGACAAUUCCCGAAGUCCUUUAUAUUACUGUGAUCGUGAUGCUUCCCUCAAAACAGCUCAGCAGAGAGUACCAAAGCAUAGCUAUCCUGACCCGAGAUAAGCUCCCCGCAUUCCCGAAGUUCCCAUUGUUUCUGGAAGAUGAUGUUGAGACGGAUAUCAUAACCUUACCGAUGAAGGAUGUCCUUAGGAUUGGAGAUGCAGACCUGGAGCUCUUCACUACGUUCACACUCCGCGUUUUCCGUGACAUAUUCCAUAAGACUUACGAACGCGAAACGGCAGCAAUGCCUUAUUGGCUUGCUCCGGCUACUGUUUGCUAUGAGGAUAUCUCUGCGUCACUGGACUCGAGAUGUGUGAUUGAUUGGGGCGUAUUGAAGGAAGUACAGGAUAAUGAGGACUUACCCUGGUCUGUGGAAACGCCAGCAGCGUACGUUCUUGAUCGCUUCGUUUUCGACAAGUGGGAUGGGAGAUACCGAUACUUCACCAUGGCAAUCGAAAGCGGACUUCGCCCUUCCGACCCGCCGCCAUCUUUCAUGCCUCGUCGUAGACACAUGGGCAGCAUUAUGGAUUAUUCUUUGAGCAUGUACAAGAAUGCCCGCGCAAAAUUUCUUGAGAGAUGCAACUGGGACCAGCCAGUCGUUAGAGCAGAACUAGUCCGUUUACGCAGGAACCUUCUGGAGAAGAUGACGGAGCAGGAGCGAAAUAUUGAAACGAGGUGUGUUAUUUGCCUGGAGGCUCUUAAUAUCUCUGCGAUACCUGCCUCUGUUGCUAUUUCCUGUUUAUCAUUCCCAGCAAUCAUUAGCAGAUUGGAGUCCUAUCUCAUUUCGCUGGAGUGCUGUGAAGACCUGGGCCUUGUUGUCAAGACAGAAUACGCUCUAGAAGCGUUGACGAAAGACUCUGACAACACCGAAGAACACCGUAGUGAACAGAUCCAUUUCCAAAGAGGAAUGGGAAAGAAUUACGAGCGUCUUGAGUUUCUCGGUGAUUGUUUCCUCAAGAUGGGGACAUCUAUCUCCUUAUUCGCACAGAAUCCGGACGAUAAUGAGUUCGACUACCAUGUGAACAGAAUGGUAUUGAUAUGCAACCAGAACCUAUUCAAUACGGCCAAGGAGCGAGCUCUUUACAAGUACAUAAGAAGCAAGGGCUUUUCCAGACGAGCCUGGUAUCCUGACGGAUUGAAGUUGCUUCAAGGCAAAGGUCAUGACAAGUCAGGAUCUUCUGAGUCUAAACACGCACUUGGAGAGAAGACUAUCGCGGAUGUCUGCGAAGCACUGAUAGGAGCUUCGCUUCUUUCCGGAGGUCCCGAGCACCGGUUCGAUAUGGCAGUCAAAGCAGUGACUGCUUUCGUUGGUAGUGCCAGCCAUAACGUUUCUAGCUGGAAGGAAUACAUGCGUCUAUAUUCUCGACCUUCGUAUCUCGUCCAAGAGGCAGACGGAUUUGAGAUAGAUCUAGCUCAGCAGGUUGAAGCAAAGCUAGGUUACCAUUUCAAGUACCCCAGGUUACUUCGGUCUGCUUUUACUCAUCCUUCUAUGCCUUCCGCAUGGUCCAACGUUCCCUGUUACCAGCGCCUCGAAUUUCUUGGAGAUUCGCUUCUUGAUAUGACCUGCGUGGAAGAUCUGUUUGCUCGGUUUCCAGAUCGUGACCCGCAAUGGCUUACCGAACAUAAAAUGGCAAUUGUGUCGAAUAAAUUCCUUGGGGCUUUCGCCGUUAGUGUCGGGCUGCAUAAGCACCUGAAGUAUUUCGGCGGUCCCCUGCAGAGUCAGAUAACUGAGUACGCUGAAGAGAUCCAGACAGCACAGCAGGAAAGUGAUGGGGCAAAAGAUUUUUGGACCGCCACCAAGGAUCCGCCCAAGUGUCUACCGGAUAUGGUGGAAGCGUACCUGGGGGCUGUGUUCGUUGAUUCCGAUUUCAAUUUCGAGGUCGUCGAGGCAUUCUACCGGCAGCAUAUCAAGCCCUAUUUUGAAGACAUGUCUAUUUAUGACACUUUUGCUAACAAGCAUCCAACUACGCACCUGCACAACCGGUUGACGAACGACUUCGGGUGCAUGAACUACUGCCUCAAGGCAGGAGAGGUCCCUGCAGCCGACUCAUCGCCUGUGACAGUGCUGGCAGCGGUGAUUGUGCAUGAUUCGGUUGUCGCUCAGGGAACGGCUUCUUCCAGUCGCUAUGCGAAGAUCAAGGCAAGCGAGGCAGCAUUGGCUAGUCUCGAAGGUCUUCCGCCAUUCAGAUUCCGUGAGCUCUAUCUGUGUGACUGCCAAACAGUGAGAAAAGGAGACGUCGCAAUUGACCAUACAGAAGUGGGGACGGCCGUAUGACAACGGACAUCUGCAGGCUUGCAGUAGCUAGGCACGAAGGCGCAGGAACAGGACCUGGCCCUUUCCAAAUUUCCAAAAAAAAAAAUCAAUCAAUCAAUCAAUCAAUCAAUCAAUCAAUCAAUCAAUCAAU